AUGGCCACUGUUCUGGUCAGGGACCAGAAGUACCUCGAUGUAUCCGAGUCUGAGAUCUCUGUUGACCCGGUGCCACCACUUGGAGCGCCCGUAACUGAGAAGACUCAUCUGUUCCAGCGGGGCAAGGGCUUUGAUGCAGAUGCAAUCGCUACCCAAGCUAGCGUUUUUGAUGAUCCUAAAACUGCCGAGCAAUACCAGCCGCGAUCAGACUGGGAAAACCUCAGUCGCUUUGAUCCCCUUGCGCGAUGGACCUGGGGUGAAGAAAAGCAGUUGGUCCGUAAAGUCGACAUCAAAAUUAUGAUCUGGGCAUGUACCAUGUUCAUGGCCCUGGAGUUGGACAGAGCCAACAUUUCCCAAGCCUUGACGGACAACCUCCUAGGCGACUUGAGCUUGACGACCAAUGACUUCAACCUUGGAAACACGGUAUUCAAGCUCUCGUUCCUCUGCGCUGAGCUGCCAUCGCAGCUUGUCUCUAAAUGGAUGGGUCCUGACCGUUGGAUCCCGACACAAAUGUGCCUCUGGAGUGUUGUUGCGGCGGCACAGUUCUGGCUGUCAGGCCGCGAAUCAUUUCUCGCCUGUCGUGCACUUCUUGGAAUUCUCCAAGGUGGCUUUGUCCCUGAUGUGAUUCUGUCCCUCUCAUACUUUUACAAGCACCACGAGCUUUCGAUUCGUCUAGGGUUCUUCUGGACCAUGAUGAGCGUCGCCGACAUCAUCUCGGCGCUUCUUGCGGCGGCCCUGUUGGAGAUGCGCGGUGUCAACGGUCACGCUGGUUGGCGAUGGCUGUUCCUCAUUGAGGGCCUCAUCACUCUGAUCUUUGGCCUCCUCGCCUAUGACCUCAUGCCCCCGGGCCCAAUCCAGACUGCCAAUUGGUUCCGUGGAAAGACAGGCUGGUUCACUGAGAGAGAAGAAGUCAUCAUGGUCAAAUGA